UAUAUCAGCAUAGUCCUGUAAUGCAGAAGUAAGCUUUGGAGCAGCAUAAGAGUUUAAAGUUUCUGCCUCAGCUCCUUUCUCUUGGGAGGGAGUCUUAAUUGAAAGUACACAGGGAUGCUGACCUUGAGGUAUGGAAUGCGAUGUUGUCUUGGGCCUGGAUGUUUUACUGCUUAGCUUAGUUCUCUCAAGGCUGCGAGGCCGAGGGCGAGGCGCAGAGAGUGGCGGAUUUAUCUCCCUCAUAGCUAGAGGUUUAACAGUUGCAUUUACAAAACAUCUCUGGGUUGAAAUAUUGAAUCUGGCCAGAUACUCUCUUGAUCGAAGAAGUAACUCUGGGAAACUGGAAUUCCUGAAUGACAAUUCACUGAAAAUAUGGCUGAUUUACGAAAUUACACUCAGGCUCUGGAAGAUACUUUCAAGGAGAUAUUCCUCAACUACAUGAAUAGCUGGCAAAGAAAUACCACAGAUAAAGAAGAGGCAUUGCAAGAAAAACUCAAUGCCGAAAACUUUGACUAUGUCAUUAUGUAUAUCAUGGUUAUGAUUGGCAUCUUCUCCUUCAUCGUUGUAGCUAUCCUAGUGAGCACUGUGAAAUCAAAGAGGCAAGAGCACUCCAACGACCCUUAUCACGAAUACAUUGUUGAUGACUGGGGCGAAAAGCUCAAAAAUCAAAUCGUGCUGCAAGAUGAUCUUAAAUGCACCAUCCAUGCAAAUGAUGGGGCAAAGGGCAAAGAAAGUCCCAGAACUGCUUGAUCUGUGGAAGAAAUAAUGACAAUUUGAUUUAAGAAUUUCUGGAGAAUUGUUUUUUUAGGUCAUCCUAACUUUCAGAACAAGUUAAAUAUUAAACCGUGUCAUGCUGGCAUA